AGCUGAUAACUAACUGCUACUUCUAAAAUUUCCUUCAAAACGACCUCGUAUUAGAAAUUUAUUCUUCUUGCUUGUUCCUGCCGUAAGUCUGAACGCUUCGUUGCAUGCCAAACGCCCCCAGCAAACGACUCCGCAUCACGACGGAAUCAUAACAGAAGGCGAGGCGCUGCGGGACAACGUGUCGUCAGAGCUGAGCUCGCUUCGAUUGUAUGGCGGCGAAGAUUUUAGGAAUGCCCACAUGCAUAUUUUUAUUGGGUAUUUCUGCUGUUUUUGUGGCCCUCAUCGCUGCACUCCUCAGAUUCUCACCCGAAACCCGUUCUCCGAGACUCUUCACUGUCGAAGAAUUGGCCCUGUACAAUGGGACUGAUGAAGGGUUACCCAUCCUCUUAGGAAUUCUCGGGUCUGUGUUUGAUGUAACAAAAGGAAAAUCUCAUUAUGGCACAGGAGGGGGUUACAAUCAUUUUUCUGGAAGAGAUGCUUCUCGUGCAUUUGUUUCAGGAAACUUUACAGGAGAUGGACUCACUGACUCAUUGCGUGGGCUAUCUAGCUCUGAGGUGAAGAGUGUCGUUGAAUGGCGGGAUUUCUACUUUAGAAGCUACACAUUUAUUGGCAAGUUAGUAGGUCGUUACUAUGACAGCCAUGGAAACCCAACAAAAUAUUUGAAAGGAGUUGAAGUGAAGGCUGCGAGAGGUGCACAGCUUUUGGAGAAACAGAAGAUUGAAGAAGCCAAACAACUCAGUUGCAAUUCAAGGUGGAGCCAGGACAGUGGAGGAGAGGUUUGGUGCGAUGUCGGCGUCCCAAGGUUAGUCCAGAGGCCUCUGGAAAUUGCUUUGACUGGGAAGAUGAGUAAGCGCUGUGUUUGCUUUAAAGAGGAUCAACUGGACCAGCCAGGGCUGGAAGUUUAUGAUGGAUGUGACUUCCUUGCAAUGACUUGCCGAGUUUAAGUUAGGUUGUAAUGGUUUUACUAGCAGAGAUAAGGUUAAAUCUUCCUGAAUGUGUCAUAAACAAGUCUUUCAUAG